UCUUAUGACACACCCUUCUCACUCUCCCCAUUAAAUAAACAAAGAAAGAGAGAAAGAAACUCAACCUCGUUCGUUUCGUUCCUCCAUGAAAUAAUGGCUUCCGUUUCUACUUUCUGUUUCGUUCUCUUCUUCUUCUUCUUCCUCACACAAUGCUGGUUCUUAACUUCAGCAAAGAAAACCUACAUAGUUCACAUGAAACACCACGAAAAGCCUUCGGUUUACCCCACACACACUGACUGGUACAGCGCCAGUCUUCAACAAUCUCUCACUCUCACCACUGCCGAUUCAGAUUCCGAUUCCAAUCCGUUACUCUAUUCCUACACCACCGCCUACAACGGUUUCGCCGCGUCCCUCAACGACGAACAGGCGGAACAGCUUCUCAGAUCCGAGGAUGUUCUCGGAGUGUACGAGGACACGGUGUACCAGUUGCACACCACCCGCACUCCUGAGUUUCUAGGGUUGGAAAAGGAAACAGGGCUUUGGGAGGGUCACACCGCACAGGAUCUCAACCAGGCUUCCAAUGACGUCAUCAUUGGGGUCCUCGACACCGGAGUGUGGCCGGAGUCGCCGAGCUUCGACGACGCAGGAAUGCCGGAGAUUCCGGCCCGGUGGCGCGGCGAGUGCGAGACGGGUCCAGAUUUCUCCCCCAAAAUGUGUAACAGGAAACUCAUCGGCGCUAGAAGCUUCUCUAAAGGUUUCCAUAUGGCCUCAGGGAUUGGGGUGAGAGAGAAGGAGCCAGCGUCGGCACGUGACAGGGAUGGUCACGGGACCCACACGUCGAGCACCGCCGCGGGGUCGCACGUGACGAACGCGAGCUUAUUAGGUUAUGCGAGCGGGACCGCGCGUGGGAUGGCUCCCACCGCACGUGUGGCUGCUUAUAAGGUUUGCUGGACCGACGGCUGCUUCGCCUCCGACAUUCUCGCCGGAAUGGACCGUGCCAUCGAGGACGGCGUCGACGUCCUCUCGCUCUCCCUCGGUGGCGGUUCCGCACCGUACUUCCGCGACACAAUCGCCAUCGGCGCGUUCGCCGCCAUGGCGAAAGGUAUCUUCGUUGCAUGCUCCGCCGGGAACAGUGGGCCCCAGAAGGCCUCGCUUGCCAACGUGGCACCGUGGAUAAUGACGGUUGGUGCAGGAACCCUAGAUCGUGAUUUCCCUGCCUACGCUUCUCUCGGUAACAAAAAAAGAUUCUCCGGUGUUUCUCUCUAUAGUGGAAAAGGAAUGGGGAACGAACCGGUUGGUUUGGUUUAUGACAAAGGCUUGAACCAGUCAGGUAGCAUUUGCUUGCCCGGUUCGCUUGAACCGGGUCUGGUUCGUGGGAAGGUGGUUGUUUGCGACCGUGGAAUCAACGCGCGGGUGGAGAAAGGUAAGGUGGUGCGUGAUGCCGGUGGUGUUGGGAUGAUUCUCGCGAACACAGCAGCGAGUGGGGAGGAGUUAGUUGCGGAUAGUCACCUGCUACCGGCUGUGGCAGUUGGAAGAAUCGUGGGGGACCAGAUCAGAGCCUAUGCUUCUUCCGAUCGUAAUCCAACGGUGCAUCUUGAUUUCCGUGGAACAGUAUUGAACGUUAAGCCUUCACCAGUAGUGGCAGCUUUUAGUUCCAGAGGGCCCAAUAUGGUUACCAGACAGAUUCUGAAACCGGACGUUAUUGGGCCUGGGGUUAACAUCUUGGCCGGGUGGUCCGAAGCAAUUGGGCCAUCAGGGUUAUCCGAUGACACUAGGAAAACUCAGUUCAACAUCAUGUCAGGUACAUCUAUGUCUUGUCCACACAUAAGUGGAUUGGCUGCCUUGUUGAAAGCUGCACAUCCGCAAUGGAGUCCUAGUGCGAUAAAAUCAGCACUAAUGACAACGGCAGAUGUACACGACAACACCAAGUCCCAACUCCGUGAUGCGGCAGGGGGUGCAUUUUCCAACCCAUGGGCUCAUGGUGCGGGCCACGUGAACCCACACAAGGCACUUUCCCCUGGGCUUGUCUAUGAUGCCACACCAAGUGACUACAUUAAGUUCCUAUGUUCCUUGGAGUACACACCUGAACGCAUACAACUCAUUACUAAGCGUUCAGGUGUUAAUUGUACUAAGAGGUUCUCUGACCCUGGCCAAUUGAACUACCCUUCAUUCUCUGUUCUCUUUGGCGGUAAGAGGGUCGUGAGGUACACACGAGUCCUGACCAACGUGGGCGAGGCAGGCUCCGUCUAUAACGUCACCGUGGAUGCACCUUCCACGGUGACGGUAACGGUGAAGCCUGUCGCGCUCGUGUUUGGAAAAGUAGGGGAAAGGCAAAGGUACACGGCAACCUUUGUGUCCAAGAAUGGUGUCGGGGAUUCCGUUAGGUAUGGAUUUGGAAGCAUUCUGUGGAGCAAUGCGCAACACCAAGUUAGGAGCCCAGUUGCUUUUUCUUGGACUUUGUUGUGAGAUUAUUGCUUCUUUUUUUUUUAACUGCACAGCCACUAUUCCAAGCCCAACCAAACAUGCCUUUUGCCUGGAGCUGAUUGAGGCUUUUGUUGAUGUCAGCCAACACUAUUAUUAACAUUAUUUAGUUGGACAUUUAGAAGGUUGUGUAUUUUUUUUUUAAUUGUGAGAAUUGAAGAAAAAAAGAGAGGUGAGAUUGAGAAGAAGAGCGAGGAGAGAUGCUUGUUUUCUUUGUUUAUUGUGUGUAUCCAGUAAAAACAAAUGUUACAAAACAAGGGCGUUGAUGGUAUGUAUAAACGACUGGCUCUAAUUAUCCUUAAGAAUGAGAUUUCAUUUUUCUCCUCAA